AUGGGCGACUGGAGUUUCCUGGGCAACAUCUUGGAGGAGGUGAACGAGCACUCCACGGUCAUUGGGCGCGUGUGGCUCACGGUGCUGUUCAUCUUCCGCAUCCUCAUCCUGGGCACGGCGGCCGAGUUCGUGUGGGGCGACGAGCAGUCGGACUUCGUGUGCAACACGCAGCAGCCCGGCUGCGAGAACGUGUGCUACGACGAGGCCUUCCCCAUCUCGCACAUCCGCCUGUGGGUGCUGCAGAUCAUCUUCGUGUCCACGCCGUCGCUCAUGUACGUGGGCCACGCCGUGCACCACGUGCGCAUGGAGGAGAAGCGCAAGGACCGCGAGGCCGAGGAGCUGUGCCAGCAAGCGCGCGCCGACGGCGGCGGCGGCGGGGCGGAGCGCGCGCCCCUGGCCCCGGACCAGGGCAGCAUCCGCAAGAGCAACAGCAGCAGCAAGGGCACCAAGAAGUUCCGGCUGGAGGGCACGCUGCUCCGGACCUACGUGUGCCACAUCAUCUUCAAGACCCUCUUCGAGGUGGGCUUCAUCGUCGGCCACUACUUCCUCUACGGCUUCCGCAUCCUGCCCCUGUACCGCUGCAGCCGCUGGCCCUGCCCCAACGUGGUGGACUGCUUCGUGUCCCGGCCCACCGAGAAGACCAUCUUCAUCCUGUUCAUGCUGUCCGUGGCCUUCGUCUCGCUCUUCCUCAACAUCAUGGAGAUGAGUCACCUGGGUCUCAAGGGGAUCCGGUCGGCCUUCAAGAGACCCGUGGAGCAGCCGCUGGGCGAGAUCCCGGAGAAGUCCCUGCACUCCAUCGCCGUCUCCUCCAUCCAGAAAGCCAAGGGCUACCAGCUCCUGGAAGAAGAGAAGAUCGUCUCCCACUAUUUCCCGCUGACCGAGGUCGGCAUGGUGGAGACCAGCCCGCUGUCCGCCAAGCCUUUCGGUCAGUUUGAGGAGAAGAUGGGCGCAGGGCCCCUGACGGACAUGUCUCGGGGUUACCAAGAGACCCUGCCUUCUUACGCUCAGGUGGGAGCCCCCGAAGUGGACGCGGAGGAGCCGCCCGCCGAGGAAGGUGCAGAAGCCGAAGCGGCAGGGGAGAAGAGGCGCGAAGCAGAGAAGGCCACCCCGGAAGGGCAGGAGAUGGUCGCGGUGGUGCCCGAGGGCGAGAAAGCAGAGACCCCUGGAGUGGGCAAGGAAGGUGAGAAGGAAGAGGCGCCGGCUGAAAAGGUAACGGCCGCCAAGCAAGGGCUGUCAUCCGAGAAGGCACCUGCUCUGUGUCCCGAGCUGACGGCCGACGACACCAGGCCCCUGAGCAGGCUGAGCAAAGCCAGCAGCCGAGCCAGGUCAGAUGACCUCACCAUAUGA